AUGAAGACAACGAGUGUGUGGAGGGCUGUGUGUGUGUUCGUGGUUUUACUCCUCAAGGCUCAAGCCCUCAACACCCGCAUCAUCGGGGGGCAGGACGCCCCUGAAGGGGCGUGGCCAUGGCAGGCCAGCCUACAGCGUGACGGCAGCCACUUCUGCGGGGGGUCCCUCAUCAACAAGGACUGGGUGAUGUCAGCCGCGCACUGCUUCUCCAGCAACACGGCCACGGCCGGUCUGCAGGUGCACCUGGGCCGCGUGAACCUGACGAGCUCCAGCAGCGGCGACGUGGAGCGGAGCGUGGCGGAGGUGAUCCUCCACCCGAGCUACAACCACACCUCCAGCGACAGCGACAUCGCCCUGCUCCGCCUCUCCUCCUCCGUGUCCUUCUCCACCCGCGUCCGCCCCGCCUGCCUGGCCGCCCAGGGAAGCACCGUCAGCGAUGGAGCCAGCACGUGGACGCUGCAGGAGGUGGAGGUUCCAGUGGUGGGGAACUCGGCGUGUCAGACGGCCUAUCAGGGAUACAGCAUCACCAUCACCAACAACAUGAUGUGUGCAGGACUGCUGGGACAGGGAGGCAAGGAUGCUUGCCAGGGCGACUCUGGCGGUGCGCUGGUCAGUAAGCAGGGUGCGGUGUGGGUGUGUCUGGGCGUGGUGAGUUUCGGCGUGGGCUGUGGUGAGGCGGGGUACCCGGGCGUUUACACCCGCGUGUCACAGUACCAGCCCUGGAUCAACUCCCUCAUCCGCAGCAGCCAACCGGGCUUCAUCCAGCUCACCAGCCAGACCAGAUGA